AUGGCCGCAGUGGCGUCUUCCACCUCAACCGAAGCACUUCGCCGGAGAGCCUCGGUUCUACCCGUGGCUAACUGCCACCAGCUCCUCUUUGCCGCAAGAACUCCUCUAUCGACUUCGCGCGCGGUGCCUUGCUCGUCGUCCUCGACUGCUCGGCAGCCAUGGAGGGAUGACGAAGCUGGAGGUGCCUGGCUCCCAUCCAGGAGUGACAGAAAAAUGGGGAUUGGAGAUGGAUCGUCAAAUGGGAACCAGCAACCGGUGCAUAAGGAAAUACGAGAUGAGACCACGCCACUUCUUCCAGUCAAGGUGGAAGAGGACGAGGGGUUUCAUGAGUUCAACGGUGCUUCAUUCUCUGGGGCGGUUUUCAAUUUGUCGACCACCAUAGUUGGGGCUGGAAUUAUGGCUCUGCCAGCAAGUAUCAAGAUGCUGGGCGUCAUCCCGGGGAUUCUGUCGAUCAUCCUUGUGGCACUGCUCACAGAAGCAUCCAUCGACAUGCUUGUCAGGUGCAGCCACCAGGGCAAGAUUACGUCAUAUGGGUGGCUGAUGGGAGAGGUUUUCGGACAGUGGGGGAGAAUUGCGCUGCAGGGCUCCGUCAUCAUAAACAAUGUUGGCGUCCUAAUUGUGUAUAUGAUUAUCAUUGGUGAUGUAUUAUCUGGAACAACAUCAGGCGAUGUUCAUCAUCGUGGUAUAUUGGAGGGCUGGUUUGGAGCUCAUUUGUGGAAUUCUCGUCCCAUUGUUCUUCUUGCCACAGCUCUUUUGGUGUUUGCUCCAUUGGUGAGCUUUAAGCGUUUGGAUUCAUUGAGAUACACAUCUGCACUAUCAGUUGCCCUGGCAGUAGUUUUUGUUGUAAUUACUUCUGGGAUUGCCAUCAUCAAGCUCUUCAAUGGAACUGUGGCGAUGCCCAAACUUUUUCCAGAAUUAGAUGGUCUUAAUUCUAUCUGGAAUCUUUUUACAGCUGUCCCUGUUCUUGUGACAGCCUAUAUCUGCCAUUAUAAUGUUCACAGCAUUGACAAUGAACUUGAAGACAGAACACAGAUCAAACCGAUUGUGCGAACAUCGCUGUUCCUGUGCUCCAGUGUUUACAUUGCCACAAGUUUCUUUGCAUAUCUCCUCUUUGGUGAGGGCACACUGGAUGAUGUGCUUGCCAACUUUGACGCAAAUCUUGGCAUUCCAUUCAGUUCAGUCUUUGAUGACAUAGUGCGAGUGAGCUACGCCGCGCAUGUCAUGCUUGUCUUUCCCAUUGUCUUCUUUGCCCUUCGGCUCAACUUGGAUGGGUUGCUCUUCCCCACAUCAAGGCACAUUUCUCGUGACAAUAAGAGAUUUGCCAUUAUCACCAUCUCUCUCCUCACAAUAAUUUAUCUUGCUGCCAUUCUCAUACCAAGCAUUUGGGACGCGUUCCAGUUUACUGGUGCCACAGCUGCCGUCCUGAUUGGCUUUAUCUUUCCUGCCAUGGUCAUCCUUAGGGAUUCGUACGGAAUCGCAACUAAGCGUGACAAGAUUCUGGCUGUAACCAUGAUCGUCCUUGCUGUUCUGUCAAAUUCUGUUGCCCUAUACAGUGAUGCGAUGAACAUCUUCCGGAAGAAGGAAGUGGCCUGA